AUACACAAAGCUCUACUUUAUUACGAUAAUUCAAUUGUUUUCUCACCUUUUUUAAGUGUACAGUUGUAUGAAAUUGUGCUGAUAUUAUAUGUGUCAACUUUCAGCACCUGGACAUGGCAACCUUUCUUAUCCGGAAAAGGCAACUCUCUCAUCCGUUGGUAUUUGGAACUGACUGGACAACGGCAGAUUGUUGCUUGCAGCAAUUUCUAGAGCCGUUCAAACCGACUGCCAGGAAACGUGGAUCGAAGAAGGCAGCUGCUUCAAACACCGUUGACCUUCCACCCAGCAAGCUGAAGAAUAUACAUCACUUUGUGCGUGGUACGUGGCAACACGGGUAUGCCCAAGCUUGGACAAAAGUCCGGAAGGUCUAUUUUCCAUAUAAUCUGAAAGGGUCUCACUGGGUUGCAAUCGAAAUUGAUUUCGUCAGACAUACUGCAACUGUGUAUGACUCCUAUGUUGAUUUUACCAAACGUUCAAAGCUGGCACGAGUGCUGUACGAUAUGCACUUUUAUGAAGAUUCUGAGGUUGAAGAGGUUAAGCAAAAGGGGCUGACGAUGUCGAUGUUUACGCCAUUCUCAGUGUGCAGCAUUGCAGAUGUGCCACAACAACGAGAUGGUACGUCUUGCGGAAUCUUGACCGUCAAAUUCAUCGAGCAUCUCAGUGCUGGGAUUUCGGUAGAUAAAGUUGACCCUUUGAAGAUCAAAUAUUCCCGACUGAAGCUUGCAAUUGAGGGUUUAAGGGGGGAGGCAUAUUUAUGAGGUAAAUGUCUUCAUGUCCGUGAAUUCACCUCACUCUGGACUUAUGACUUGGGAAUUCACUUUGCUCAUUACUUAUGUCAGGAACUCCUUUAUAUGAAGAUGCAGACGUAGAUGCUUUGCUGGGGGUACUUUAUAUGGUCAUCCUGCCUUUUUGCUAGAGCUAGUUGGUUUAGUUAUUAUUGUGAGGAGUAAUAUUGUACAGUCUAGAAGCAGUGGCUAAUUGCCUUACAUGGCACACACACUGUUUCGAUUUUGAAGGUUAACUAUUUUG